UAAACCAACUCUCUACACAAAAUCAAAUCGAAAGAGAAAGAAAAGAAUAAAUCACAAUACAGAGCAACCAGAAGAAGAAGAAGAGGGAGGUUGAAGAAAAUGGCGAACUUGCUCACUUCACGUACACUUCUUCUUGCGGUUUCUUCUAUGAUUAUGAUCUUCAUGAUGAACCCAUUGUCCACCGUCGUUGCCAGCGGGGAUCACCAGCUCAAUCUGGGGUGGCUACCCACCGCCGGAUCAUCGUUGGUGGGCGAAGAGGGCGAGUUCGAAAUGGACUCAGAGAUCAACCGGCGCAUUUUAGCCACCAGCAACUACAUCAGCUACGGUGCGCUGCAGAGGAAUACUGUGCCCUGCUCACGGCGCGGCGCCUCCUACUACAACUGCCAAAAUGGCGGCCAGGCUAACCCUUACAGCCGUGGCUGCAGCUCCAUUUCACGGUGCAGGAGUUGAGUUUCUUGUUUUUUUAAAAUUUUUUUUUUUUUGGGGGGUUUUUAUGAAAUGGGGUUGUGAUUGUUAUACUUGGAAGAUGGAAGGGCCUUUAUGUUAUUGGAAAAAAAAAAUAUUGGUAUCAUUGUGUAAUAUUAUGAUUAUAUUUGGAUGUCUGAUGUAAAAGAUAUUAAUUCUGAUUUUUCUUUUUCUUUUU